CGCCACUGAGAUAUAAAUGGAAUAGUUUUUCAAAACAUGAAGUAAACACGUUUGAAUACUCAAAGUGAAAGGACUAUGUAAUUGUCAAUCUACAAAUGGUUCAAACAGAUUUCAAAGGUUGGAGCAGGCUUAAAGUGGACAGGACAGUCAUGGAUAUUUUGGAAUCAUCGGGAGUCCCAGCAAAAUUGGUCCGAAAACGUCCAGGUAGAAGACCAUUAAACGUUGAUGCCAAAGUCAAGGUAGAACGCAGCAGACAGAGUGCAAGGGAAUGCAGAGCGAGGAAAAAACUACGAUACCAAUAUCUAGAAGACCUUGUCAAGUGUAAAGAAAGAGCUAUUUUCAAACUCAGAAGAGAACUUGAAACAUGGCGUAAAAUGUGCAUAGAAGUGGAUUCUGGGACAAUACCAGAAAGUUUAAUCAAGCGUCUGAAUUUAGAACAAGCAAAACCUGUGACGUCAACAGUAGACUUGAAUAUGACAAGGAAAAAAAUGGCCCCAAGACUAAGUUCUGACGAAACACCAACAAUUAAAUCUAAACUAUUUUCUCUUUUGACUGAACCAAUGUCAAAGAAAAAAAAGCAUUCUAAUAUUGGUGGAAUAAAUCAUAUGCAAUGCAUGAAACAACAAGAUGAUGCAUUGUCUAUAGAGAAAAAUUAUCAGAAUUCAAAUGUAUUCUCAAAUAGUGACCAAUCAGAGAGUGUUCCGAGUAAUAGUAGCUCACCCGAGGCUUUUCUUGAUAUAAGUUCUAGUUCUAGGGAAAGUAUGGACACUAGUUCAGCAAUUGUGGAUUGGAUAUUAGCAAAUGAAGAUAUUUUACAAGAACAGGUAGAAACAUCUUAUAUAAAGCCUCCAGACUCUGUGGAAUCAAUCUCAUCUCAAAGUUCUUCUCAGGGAAGUCAUUUUCAUGAUGCUAGUGGAAAUGGCAAAAGUCUUCAAGACUAUGUGAACUAUUUGAUGGAUUUUACUGAUACGAAUUCAAAACAAGAUGGCGAUAUUUCAAAUCAAAGCAGGCAACAACCAUUAAAUAUUGCUAUGGACCAGGAUAUAGUGAAUUUGACUGCAGAAAGUAGUGUAAAUGUUGAUCAAAUAUAUCCAGCAUUUCCAGUGAACAAUUAUUAUUCAACAGAUAUAAAUGAAGACAUGUGUAGUACUGGUUUCAGUACAAGUUUAGCAACCGGAAAUAGAAUGAAUCGUUCGGUAUGAAACAAAGUCAGAACAAAGUCAAAAAGAAACACAGAAGUUGUAGAUCUCAUAUCGUACUGACAAACAUUACUAUUAUUUAUAUCAUUAUACUGUAGAUUGUCAGAGGUGUCACCAUCUUGUGUCUCUAAUUAUUCCAACUUUAGGAGACUCAUAGACUAGACAGAUGAAGUAAAUCAAUGACAUUGGUCUUACAAGUACAUUUUGAUUUGAAAAUUGCACACAUAAACCAUGUCGUACAAACUAAUGAAUUACUAGGGAUCACCACAAAACAAAUUAAUGGUGGAGAUUAUGAAAUAAUCAUUUUGACAAUUUUUAUUAAUUUUUAUAUACAUUUUACAAUACUUAUAAAUGUAAACAUUAACGAAUGUAUCUUAUUGUAUACAACAAUUAAAACUUGUAGACUUUCAAAAAUUCUUUCAAAACUAUACUGAUUAAGAAUAAAAUUCUAUGGCUUCCUCGAUUGAUCUCAAAACUCAGAUCUAUGGAUGUUUGCCUCCUCCUGUUACUGAAUUUUUGCCAGAUAUU